CCACCUUGGCACGGAUUGGCCAAGCCUUCCGCCUCCUCUGUCUCAUCUUCCUGGGGCACUGGCACUGCCUGGCUGCAGCUCCUCCACACUGACCACAGAGGGACCGGAGGAUGCCCACGCAUCAGCACUUGGUCGAUAAGAUGAGGAGACACUCCUGCUUUGUUUUUUUGUUCUGUGGGAUAUUUUUGCCUGGAAUCCUUGGUUAUCCACAGACAAAUACCUCAAUUGAUUGUGAUUCUCUGUUACCAAACUAUGAAGCUGAACCACAGACAUCUGCACCACCAUAUAUUAUUGCUGUAUCUUUUGAUAGCUUUGAGCCAGGAAAUGAAGUCCAAGUAACUCUAGAAGCACUUGGAGAUGCUGGGUUUAAAGGAUUUAAUCUACAAGCUCGAGAAAUAGAUGGAGAUGUUCCUGUUGGUACUUUUAAAAUUACAGAUCCAAACACUAAAGGCUUGGAAUGUCAUAACGUGACGAAUUCAGCAGUAAGUCAUGCCAAUUCAGAUGUGAAACAGAAGAUUACAACAACAUGGAUUUCUCCACAUAAUAUUAGAGAGCUUCAGUUUAUUGCAACUGUUGUUCAAAAUCUAGAGAACUUUUGGGUUGGAAUUCAAAGCAAAACUCUCACACCUACGCAUUCUGAGUCAGUUAACGUCACAGGAAAAAGUAAAAGGAAGUUUAUGAUAGAAUUAGAAUGCAACAAGCGUGGAGGGACCUACUCAACAGGCCGGUGCAUCAUGGUUGGACCUUCCAGUUCCUCUCAGAGCACCUAUUCAGGCAGUCAGGGUGGAGUAGUCUACACAAUAAGCAAGAGUGGAUGUGGCCCUGGAGGUGCUGCUGGUGCAUACAGCCAACAAGCCUGCAGAGAUAGUGCAUCUUUAUCCAGCAGUGGUCUUACUUAUGGCCAGUCUGUCCCUUCAAGCAGUUCAGAUUCCAGUAAGAAGGUAGUGGUUGUUGCCAACAGCAACCCUUUUCCACCUGUGCGUCACACCUUCCCUCAGAGUUUGGGAAGCUCUGCUACGAGGAUCAUAGUACAGCAGAGUGGACAAAAACAGCAAACCAGCAGCAGUACUUAUAUUCAGGGUUCCCAAGGCAGCCAGUCCUAUAGCCAGGGCUACAGACCUCAAAGUGGCAGUUCCUAUGGUCAGGGUGGACCAAGUUUCUCAGGCAGCAGCAGCUCCUAUGGCCAGGGUUCCCAAGGCAGCCAGUCCUAUGGCCAGGGCUACCAGCUUCAAGGUGGCAGUUCCUAUGGACAGGGCUACAGACCUCAAAGUGGCAGUUCCUAUGGUCAGGGUGGACCAAGUUUCUCAGGCAGCAGCAGCUCCUAUGGCCAGGGUUCCCAAGGCAGCCAGUCCUAUGGCCAGGGCUACCAGUCUCAAGGUGGCAGUUCCUAUGGACAGCAGGGCGGAUCUGUUUCUUAUGGUGGCAGCAGUGGUUGUGGACAAGGUGUCUCCUAUGAUAGCAAUCCCUGUCACCAGGGUGGAUCACAGGGUGGUCAGGGUGGUUCAUAUUCCUCACAAAACUAUGGUGGUAGCCAACAGAGUGGAUCAUCAUACUCCCAAAAUUAUGGUGACAACCAGGAUGGAUCCUACUCACAAAACUAUGGUGGUGGCCAAGGUGGAUCAUCCUCAGACACCUAUUAUGACAGUCAGGAGUCACAAGAUUCCUCAUAUGAUAGUAAUCCCAAUGCUUGUGAUGAUAAUGACAUAACCUAUAGUGCCAAUAGUCAGCGUUCAGGUUGUACAAAGAAGAAAGUUGUUGUUGCCCGAGACACAUCACAUGUUUUAAGCAGAAGAGCCUAUGAUGUACAGAAUGCAUCUUCUUCAAAUAGCAGCCACUCUGACAUGCAGGGUGGAUCAUUUAUUGCAACCAGUGGAUCAAGUAAUCAGGGUGGCUGCAUUUGUCCUGAUGGAAGCAGCGGUCAUAGACAGGGAUCCCCAGGUUCUUCAUACAGCACAUAUUCUGGUAACCAGGGAGGGCCUUUCAUCUAUCCUGGAGGAUCCUAUGGACAGGGUGGCCCAGGUUCUUCCCACAGUUCUUACUCUGGUAACCAGGGAGGGCCUUCCUUCUAUCCUGGUGGAUCUUAUGGACAGGGAUCCCCAGGUUCUUCAUACAGCACAUAUUCUGGUAACCAGGGAGGGCCUUUCUUCUAUCCUGGAGGAUCCUAUGGACAGGGUGGCCCAGGUUCUUCCCACAGUUCUUACUCUGGUAACCAGGGAGGGCCUUCCUUCUAUCCUGGUGGAUCUUAUGGACAGGGAGCCCCAGGUUCUUCAUACAGCACAUAUUCUGGUAACCAGGGAGGGCCUUUCUUCUAUCCUGGAGGAUCCUAUGGACAGGGUGGCCCAGGUUCUUCCCACAGUUCUUACUCUGGUAACCAGGGAGGGCCUUCCUUCUAUCCUGGUGGAUCUUAUGGACAGGGAUCCCCAGGUUCUUCAUACAGCACAUAUUCUGGUAACCAGGGAGGGCCUUUCAUCUAUCCUGGAGGAUCCUAUGGACAGGGUGGCCCAGGUUCUUCCCACAGUUCUUACUCUGGUAACCAGGGAGGGCCUUCCUUCUAUCCUGGUGGAUCUUAUGGACAGGGAUCCCCAGGUUCUUCAUACAGCACAUAUUCUGGUAACCAGGGAGGGCCUUUCUUCUAUCCUGGAGGAUCCUAUGGACAGGGUGGCCCAGGUUCUUCCCACAGUUCUUACUCUGGUAACCAGGGAGGGCCUUCCUUCUAUCCUGGUGGAUCUUAUGGACAGGGAGGGUCUUCUGCUUAUGAUGGCAGCAGUGAAUCCUAUGGUCAGGGUGGAUCUUCUGCUUAUAGUGGUUCUGAGACUUAUGGCCAGGAUUCAGCUUCCAUGGGAGCCAGUGAAACUGAAUAUAGUGAUUCCUCCUCACCAUCUGGUAGCCGCCAGAGUGAACGGGAUUUUUAUUCCCCAGGAGGCAGCCAGUCAGGUGGACAUGGGUCAUCUUCUCAAAGUGGUAGCUACUCCAGUGGACAGGACUCAGCCUCAUCUGGAAGCAGCCAGUAUGGGGGGCAGGGUUCACCUUCCUCAGGAGGCAGCCAGUCUGGUGGACAGGGUGGAUGUGAUUGUUCUGGGGGAAGUUCUAGCGGAUCCCCUACUUUAGUCAGAAGUGAUUCCUCUGUAAAUGACUCGUCUUCCUCUGGAGGCAGCCAGUACAACAGCCAAGAUUCAUAUUCCUCUGGAGCUAGCCAGUAUGGAGGACAUGAGUCAUCUUCUUAUGGAGGCAGCCAGUAUGGUGGACAAGGUUCGGGAGGCAGCCAAUAUGGUGGACAGGGUUCACCUUCUUCAGGAGGCAGCCAGUAUGGAGGACAGGGUCCAUCUUUGCCAGGCAGCAGCCAUUAUGGAGGACAGGGUAUAGCUUCUUCAGGAAGCAGCCAGUAUAGUGGACAGGGCUUUUCUUCAGGAGUCAGAGAGUCUGGUGGACAGGGUGGGUGUGUGUGCCCCGGUGGAGGUUCAGGCUCUUUCUCAGGAAGCAACUACCAUGGUGGACAGGGUUCUUAUCCUGGAAGCAAUCAGUACGGUGGACAGGGAUCUUAUCCCUCAGGAAGCAGGCAAUAUGGUGGGCAGGGCUCGUAUCCUUCUGGAGGCAAGCAAUAUGGUAAACCAGGUUCCUCUUCCUCAGGAGGCAGUCAACAAGGAAAGCCAGGUGGCUCUAGCUCAGGAAGCACUUACUCUGGAAAACCGCACUCGCCUUACUCAGGCGGCAGUCAAGUGAGCUCUGCUGGGAAACACUCCGCUCCCCAACUCCUGAUGUUAUUCAGCAUUUUGAGUGCCUUUGUUCUCUCUGCUGCUGUAUCAAAAUGGUCUAUAUGAACUUCUGAAGUAUUACUUGACAUCCCAAACACGGAUUAUAUUCUGUAUUAUUAGAUUACUUAAUGUAAAGAAAAAAAUACCAUUAAGUCAAAUUGGCAGAUGCUACUUGGCUGUUAUGUUGCAUGUCUAGCUGGUAUGUCAUGCCCCUCAUUAGUUUACCUCUGGUUUUAGUCAUUAGUAGAUACCAUUAGUUGUGUCAGUGUUUUAGGCAUCAUUUUAAGAGAGCACAUUAUACCGUACCUAUAUGAUUUAUUUUUAUUUCCAAUAGUGAAUGCGAUGAACACUUACCUGAAAUGAUUGGUGUGACAAAUGAAAACUUAGGAAAUAUUUGGUUAUUAACCAAAAGUAGACAAGGUGAAAUAAAUUGUUGUAAAUGCAAACUGAACAUUGUGCCUGUUAAUCAUCGCAUAAGACAAGGCUAAUGUAAACUUCUGAUAAGCAGUUCUCCAUGGGACAGAAGAAAAGAUGCUGAAGUAGUAUCAGAGUAUUAGUUUUAGUCUUUUGUAAUCUAAUGUAAAUUCAAUAUGGAGAUUGCAAAGCAAAAAAAAAAAAAAAA